GCAGCUGGAAUCCUAAAUUUCAAGAAGUUCAACAAUAAGACUUUCGAGACAAGGAGGAAAAAUCAUUUCACAUUUUAUAUCACUGGACAACUCGAAAUACCGGUCUGUUGAGCAGUGUAUAGUCGGACUUCUUACCAAGUUAUUAAGUUAACGCAUCAUUGUAUGCUGGAAAUUAAAACAACAAAAGAGACGAAACAAUCAUUACCUGAUGUAGGAAACGUGAAAACCUGGUAUUAGCAGACAACACGACAGAUUAGAAUCAGCCCAAGAGCUGUUAAAUAACACGAUGGCAACUACACAUGUUUCACAGGAAGAAGAAAAUUUUUUGAGAAUGCAACUGUUGUUGAAUGGAAUUUCACCGAGGGCUGUACGUGCACUAUUUGAUAAAGAAUUUCAUCCUUCUUGCUUAAAUGCCUCUAUUAAAAGAAGUGAAUAUACAAAAUUGAAAGACUUGAAAUCAAAACGUAUCAUUACUGCAGCUCAAUGGAAAUUACUGUUUCCAUGUAAUGGUUCUGAGACUUUUGAUAUAACUUUAAUGGUAGUAUUACUCCGGAACCUGACAAAUCUUUCUCAACCUACCGGUGGAUAUGACCAGUUACCACCGAGAACUGAUAUAACACCAACAGCUGACGUAGCAAGAAUCAAGUAUUACAGAAACCAGCUAGCCCAUAAUGGCGAUUUUGAAGAUGGAAAGAUAAAUAAUGUGUCAUUUUGUACUGCUUGGGAUGAUAUCAGCGGGGCUGUGAAAAGACUUGGUGGCCAAAAUAUGGAGGACGAAUGUAAAGAGCUGAGAACAAAGCAACUAGACAAUUCAACGGUACAUUGGAACAUAAGAUUAAACUACAAUCAGAUAUUAGAACAGUGGAAAACGAAUGACGUUAAUUUUAUAGAGACCAGAGCAGCAAAAUAUGUUCUAGAAUGUGUUCAUGAAAAUAAUUGCGUUACUAUCACUGCUAGUUCUGGUGUAGGAAAGACAGCAACUCUCCAACAUGUUGCUUUGAAAAUGAAGAAUGAAGGGUAUGAUGUACUAUUGGUAACCAAUCCACAUGAUAUAAUUAAAUUUAACAACCCCGAUCAGAAGACAUUAUUUGUUGUGGAUGACUUUUGUGGAACAUAUUCUAUUAACCAGUCUGACCUUAACAACUGGGAACCGGUAAUCAAACUUGUUGAAGAAAUCAUUAAAAAUAAACUAACAAAAAUUAUUGAAGCCUGUCGAUUACAAGUGUUCAAAGAUGAAAAAUUUGAUUACUUAAAACUUUUUAGAACAAAAGUUUGUAACUUGUUAUCAGAUGAGUUGUGCCUGUCACAAUCAGAAAAAACAUUAAUAGCAGAAUUAUAUCUUGAAUCACAGGCAUCGGAAAUUAUCAAAUAUUGUGAUAUACAUGAUUGCUUUCCACUUUUGUGCACAUUGUAUCAUGAUAAUCCUGAAAUUGAUAUUAAGGAUUUCUUCAAAAACCCAUUUUUAGUAUAUGAAGCAGAACUAGAACAAUUGAGGAAAAACGGACUUUUAAGUAAAUACUGUGCCUUGGCAUUAUGUGUAAUGUCUAACAACUUUUUGGUAGAGCGUGUAUUAACAGACGAGAUAAAUACAGCUAUGCAAAAUAGUAUAGAGAACGUAUGCGAGGCAUGCAGACUAAAUAAAGGAACAUCGAGGUUAUUAUUUCUUGAUGAACUUAAUUCACUUGAACAUACAUUUAUCAAGAAAGAACAAGGUGUAUACAGAACAAUACAUGAUAAACUAUUUGAUUUUUUGUCCUACUAUUUUGGAAAAAAGAUGAUAGAGUGUGUUAUCAAGAAUGCACAUAGACAGUUAAUUAUGGAAAGAUUUUUAUUUGAAAAGAGAGACGACAUGGGCAACGACAACUUUAUCACUAUUGUUCCACCUAAAUAUCAUAAAAUUUACAUUGAAAGAAUGAUUGCUGAUUGGUUGGAUGGCAGAGUUUUUCAUGUGUUCAAUAACAAGAAUAUGAUCAUACCAAAGUUCCAACAACUUCUGCUUCGUUGUGUGAAUGCAUUUCAUAAUGCAUUCCAGCGACAAUUAGCACAAACCUAUGAUAUCGAUUUCAAAGGUACAGUUUUGUUGUAUUGUAGCUUUAACGGUGAUAUUCAUUUCACUGAAUGGUGUAUAUAUCAUGAUGUUGAUGUGAACCUCUGUACAUACGAUGGUGUUAGUCCUUUACAUGCAGCAUCUCAAGAGGGGCAUAUUGAAAUAGCUACUAUUUUACUUAACAACAAGGCAGACACUAAUACGUGCUCAGAAGGUAAAAUGUGUCCACUUUAUCUUGCUUGUCAGAACGGACACAUAGGUAUUGUAAAGUUAUUACUGGAACACAAGGCAGAUGUAAAUAAAGUUAUAACGACAGGAGAAUCUCCACUGAUUAGGGCAUGCGAAAAAGGAUACACAGAUAUAGUAAAGCUAUUAUUGCACAACAAUGCAGACAUCAAUAAGUGUGCAGACGGUGGGAUACAUCCACUGUAUGUUGCUUGUCAAAACGGACAUAUUGAUAUAGUAAAUAUGUUACUAGAACACAAGGCAGACAUUAAUAAGCUUAUAUCUACAGGAUUAACUUCACUGUUUGUUGCUUGUCAAGAAAAACAUAUAGAUAUAGUAAACAUUUUAGUUGAAAACAAGGCACACAUUAAUAAGCAUGGAAACGAAGAAGUAACUCCACUGUUCAUUGCUUGUCAAAAUGGAUCGUUAGAUAUAGUCAAGAUUUUACUGGACAACAAUGCAGACAUUAAUGAAUGUACAGUUACAGAAACAUCUCCUCUGCUGAUUGCUUGUGAGUUUAAUCAUGAGGAUAUUGUGAAGUUGUUACUGAACAACAAUGCCGACAUCAAUAAGUAUCAAGUGGCAGGUGCAUCUCCACUAAUUGCGUCUUGUAGAGGAGGGUAUAAAACUAUAGUAAAUAUGUUACUUGAGAACAAGGCAGACAUAAAUAAGUGUACAGAUGAUGGUACAUCUGCCUUAUUUAUUGCUUGUUUAAAAAAUCAUGAGGAUGUAGUUAGGAUGUUACUAGAAAAUAAAGCAAACGUUAAUAUAUGUAGACAUGAAGGAGUAUCUCCACUGACUAUAUCUUGUCAAGAAGGGUAUAGCAAAAUAGUUAAAUUGUUACUCGAUAGCAAUGCAGAUAUUAAUAAGUAUAGAGACAGAGAUCUAUUUCCACUGUUAUUUGCUUGUCAGAAUAACCACGUUGAUAUAGCAAAGUUGUUACUUGACAAAAACGCAGAUAUAAAUAUGUGUACAAAUAAUGGAACAUCUCCAUUGAUUAUUGCUAGCCAGAACAAUCAUUUAGAUAUAGUAAAAUUGUUACUGGAUCACAAGGCAGAUACAAAUAAGCGUAUAGAUACAGGAGCAUCUGCAUUAAGCAUUGCUUGUGAAAAUGGUUAUAAAGAUAUAAUACAGCUGAUGUUGGAUAGCAAAGCAGACAUCAACAAUUGUAAAAAUAAUGGAACAUCCCCAUUAUUUCUUGCUUGUAUGCAAAACCAUUCAGAUAUAGUAAAGAUGUUGAUUGAUGACGGAGCAGACAUAAAUAAGUGUGCAAAUAACGGAACAUCUCCCUUGUUUACUGCUUGUCAAGAUAAUCAUAUUGACACAUUACAUAUUUUACUUAACCAUAAUGCAGACAUAAAUAAGUCUACAGAUAAUGGAACAUCACCCCUGUUUGCUGCUUGUCAUAACGGCCAUGUUGAUACAGUAGAUAUUUUACUGAACCACAACGCAGACAUUAAUAAGUGUACAGAUAUUGGAACAUCUCCCCUGUUUAUUGCUUGUAAGAAUAAUUUUGUAAAUAUAAUCAAGAUGUUACUGGACAACAAGGCAGACAUAAAUAAGUGUGCAAAUGAUGAAACAUCUCCCUUGUUUAUUGCUUGUCAAAACAAUCACAAAGAAUCAGUUAAGCUGUUACUUGAUAACAAGGCAUGCAUUAAUAAAUGUAGAUAUUUUGGAACGUCUCCACUGAUUAUGUCUUGUCAAGAAGGAUUCAUAGAUAUAGUGCAAAUGUUACUUGACAACGGAGCGGACAUUAAUAAGUGCUUAGAUAACGGGGCAUCUCCAUUAUUUCUAGCUUGCCAAGAUAAUUUUUUCUACAUAGUAAAGAUGUUGUGUGAAAACUUGGCAGAUAUAAAUAAGUGUACAAAUAAUGAAGUAUCUCCACUUUUUAUCGCUUGCCAAAAGAAUUAUAUACAUAUUGUAAAAAUGUUACUGGAAAUGAAAGCAGUCAUAGAUAAGGGAACAGAUAAUCAAACAACCCCGUUGUUUAUUGCUUGCCAGAAAAAUCAUGUUGAAAUAGUAAAGCUCUUACUGGACAACAAGGCAGACAUUAAUAAGUACACAGAUGAGGGAAUAUCUCCACUGUGCAUUGCUUGUAAAAAUAACAAUAUACAUGUAGUAGAGCUGUUACUUGACAACAAGGCAAAUAUAAAUAAGUGUACAAAUAAUGAAUUAUCUCCACUUUUUAUCACUUGCCUGAAGAAUCAUAUACAUAUUGUAAAAAUGUUACUGGAAAAGAAAGCAGUCAUAGAUAAGGGAACAGAUAAUCAAACAACCCCGUUGUUUAUUGCUUGCCAGGAAAAUCAUGUUGAAAUAGUAAAGCUGUUACUGGACAACAAGGCAGACAUAAAUAAAUGCACAGAUGACGGAAUAUCUCCACUAUUUAUUGCGUGUAAGAAUAAUCACACAGACGUUGUGAACCUGUUACUGAACAAAAAGGCAGACAUUGAUUCAUGUAAUUUGUGUGGUGUAUCCCCUUUAGCUGUAGCUUGCUAUGAAGGUCAUAUAGAUACUGUUAAAAUAUUACUUGAAAAAGGCGCUGAUUACACAACGAAAGCUAUAAAAGAUAAAAAUGAUGGGGAAGUAUUUCUGUUAUCGUCCGAACAAAUAGCUAGCGGAUAUGGUUAUCCUGAUAUAGCAGCUUUAAUGUUUAAACAUUCUAAACAGAAGUAA